CGGCGGCCACGGCCGCGGCGUGGGGCGGCUGGGGCGGCCGGCCGCGGCCCGGGAACAUCCUGCUGCAGCUGCGGCAGGGCCAGCUGACGGGCCGGGGCCUGGUCCGGGCCGUGCAGUUCCCGGACAUUUUUCUAAUGGAGAGGGACAAACAGUCCAAAUGGAGUGGAAUUCCUGAGCUGCUCCUUAAGCUCUAUACCUACAGCCAUCUCCACAGUGACUUCGUUGAGUGCCAAAACAUCCUCAAGGAAAUUUCUCCUCUUCUUUCCAUGGAGGCUAUGGCAUUUGUUACUGAAGAAAGGAAGCUUACCCAAGAGACCACAUACCCAAAUACUUAUAUUUUUGACUUGUUUGGAGGUGUUGAUCUCCUUGUAGAAAUUCUUAUGAGGCCUACGAUCUCUAUCCGAGGACAGAAAUUGAAGAUAAGCGAUGAAAUGUCCAAGGACUGUUUGAGCAUCUUGUAUAAUACCUGUGUCUGUACUGAAGGAGUUACAAAGCGUCUGGCAGAAAAGAAUGAUUUUGUGAUAUUUCUUUUCACGCUAAUGACAAGCAAAAAGACAUUCUUACAAACAGCAACUCUCAUUGAAGAUAUUUUGGGCGUUAAAAAGGAAAUGAUACGACUAGAUGAAGUCCCCAACCUGAGUUCCUUAGUAUCCAAUUUCGAUCAGCAGCAGCUUGCCAAUUUCUGCCGGAUUCUGGCUGUCACCAUUUCAGAGAUGGAUACAGGGAAUGAUGACAAACAUACACUUCUUGCCAAAAAUGCUCAACAGAAGAAGAGCUUGAGCUUGGGGCCUUCUGCAGCUGAAAUCAACCAAGCGGCCCUUCUCAGCAUCCCUGGCUUUGUUGAGCGGCUUUGCAAACUGGCAACUCGCAAGGUAUCAGAGUCAACGGGCACUGCCAGUUUCCUUCAGGAGUUGGAGGAGUGGUACACAUGGCUCGACAACGCUUUGGUGCUUGAAGCUCUGAUGCGUGUGGCUAAUGAGGAGUCUGAGCACAAUCAAGCCUCCAUUGUGUUCCAUCCUCCAGGCGCUUCUGAGGAGAAUGGCCUGCCUCACACUUCAUCUAGGACCACCCAGCUGCCCCAGUCAAUGAAGAUCAUGCACGAGAUCAUGUACAAACUGGAAGUACUGUAUGUCCUCUGUGUGCUGCUGAUGGGGCGUCAGCGAAACCAGGUUCACAGAAUGAUUGCAGAAUUCAAGCUGAUCCCUGGCCUUAAUAAUUUGUUUGACAAGUUGAUAUGGAGAAAGCAUUCAGCAUCUACCCUCGUCCUCCACGGCCACAACCAGAACUGUGACUGUAGCCCGGAUAUCACCUUAAAGAUACAGUUCUUACGGCUUCUCCAGAGUUUCAGUGACCAUCAUGAGAACAAGUACCUGCUGCUCAACAACCAGGAGCUGAAUGAGCUCAGCGCCAUCUCCCUCAAAGCCAACAUUCCUGAGGUGGAGGCAGUGCUCAACACAGACCGGAGUUUGGUGUGUGAUGGGAAAAGGGGCUUAUUAACUCGUCUGCUGCAGGUGAUGAAGAAGGAGCCAGCUGAAUCAUCAUUCAGGUUUUGGCAAGCCCGAGCUGUGGAGAGUUUCCUCCGAGGAGCCACCUCCUAUGCAGACCAGAUGUUCCUGCUCAAGCGAGGCCUCCUAGAGCACAUUCUGUACUGCAUUGUGGACAGUGAGUGUAAGUCUAGGGAUGUGCUCCAGAGCUACUUCGACCUCCUGGGGGAGCUGAUGAAGUUCAACGUGGAUGCAUUCAAGAGAUUCAACAAAUAUAUCAACACUGAUGCAAAGUUCCAGGUGUUCCUGAAGCAGAUCAACAGCUCCCUCGUAGACUCAAACAUGCUGGUGCGCUGCGUCACCCUGUCCCUGGACCGCUUUGAGAACCAAGUGGACAUGAAGGUGGCCGAAGUCCUGUCCGAGUGCCGUCUGCUUGCCUACAUCUCCCAGGUGCCCACACAGAUGUCCUUCCUCUUCCGCCUCAUCAACAUCAUCCAUGUGCAGACACUAACACAGGAGAACGUCAGUUGCCUCAACACCAGCCUGGUGAUCCUGAUGCUGGCGCGGCGGAAAGAGCGGCUGCCGCUCUACCUGCGUCUGCUGCAGCGCAUGGAGCACAGCAAGAAGUACCCCGGCUUCCUCCUCAACAACUUCCACAACCUGCUGCGCUUCUGGCAGCAGCACUAUCUGCACAAGGACAAGGACAGCACCUGCCUGGAGAACAGCUCCUGCAUCAACUUCUCCUACUGGAAGGAGACAGUGUCCAUCCUGUUGAACCCCGACCGCCAGUCCCCCUCCGCCCUCGUCAGCUACAUCGAGGAGCCCUACAUGGACAUAGACAGGGACUUCACUGAUGAGUGACCAUGGGCCUGGCCCCAGGAGGCUGCUGGGCCGGGGCUGGUGUGAUGAGCGGGGGCACAUGUGCCACCCCCUGCUCAGCCCCCUGCCCAUCUCCUCAUCGCUCUCUGCCCCAAGUCUUUAGGACUGGCGGGUGGUGGGAGAGCGUCUCAAACCCCUGGGUCUGAGGCCCCAGAUCAUUGGGGAACCUCAGUGACCUGGAGAUACUCACACUGAGGACAGGGCACAGGGCUUCCCUUUCUCCAGAAGUCCGGGACCCUGGUCCGCACAAAGACCUGGAAUUGAUUUUUCAACUGGCUCUGUUUGAACUCGGCCCUCUCUAGCCUGGCCCUCUCCACUGCAGUCAGUUCUGCCUAGGGUGGGAGGGAGGAUGGGAGCCCCUUCCCCGCCAUCCGUGAGCCAAGCUUGCCCUGUCCUUGGACCAGGCAGAAGCUUCUGAGCCCCUGGGCAGGGGUGGAGGACCCAAGAAUGCUCCCAUCUCCCAAGCCUGCUGCCUGCCCCUGCCCACCACCUCCCUCAUCCUCUCUAGCUCCUCUGGUUCUUUGCGUAUUGGCCACUGUGUUCAUCGAGGGGUCACCCAGGAUAGGGGAGUCCUGUCAUCCCCUGGGCACUGUGUGGCCUCAGGGCAGUGUCUUCCUGCCUGAACCCAGACACAGGAGCGGGCUGGUAGCACCCUGGCCCCUCUUUGUGCUGCCAAUUUAUUAACAACAAAUAAACCAAUUAAAUGGAGACUAUUAAAGAAUUUUAUUUUA